AUGGAUGAGGAGGAAGACCUCGAGUCCAUGUCUUCGUCCUUGUGUGGUGAAGAGGGUGAUUCUGAUGAGGAAUCGAGGGAGGAUGCGACGUCCUCGAGCUCAUCUUUCUCCUUCUCUCCGCCGUCAUGCACGCCGUCGUCGGAUGAUCAAGUCGAAGAGGGGCCUCUCUUCGAGAUGUCUUCCCUCAUUUCAUUGCUUCCUGUCAAGAGAGGGCUGUCAAAGCAUUUUGAAGGGAAGUCACAGUCCUUCACAUCUCUUGAUAAAGUGAGGUGCAUGGGAGAUCUUGCCAAGCCUGGGAGAUCAUCCAAGAGAAGACUCGGCUCUUGUAAGAGCUAUGGAGGAGGAUUGAACAGCAGCCACAAAGCAGCACUGUCUCUUAUGUCUUCCUCAAGAAUCAUCACAAAGAAGGCUUCUUCACUCCAAAGUGCAAGGAGGCACAGAGAUCGAGAAGCCUCUCAGGACAGACAUUUUUGUUUGCUCAACGUUUUGAAGAACAAUGAACUUGAAUAG